UAGCAUGGGAUUUUGGUGGGCAACCUGGCAAAUCAUCUAAAACAAAAUCAAAUGAUGUCGAUACUAUUUAAAAAGUGCUUAAUGAGAUUUGAGCCCAAGUAAAGUAAAUACUAUCACAUAGCAGUGCUCCUACCAACUUAACCAGUAUAUAUAUUAAUAUUUUUAGAUAUACGACUUUAUACAUAAGUUGAAUGCUGUUAGUUGACAUUAUUGACUGGAUCUGGUUAGGUGGGCUAAUUAUCAAUGAUUCUAAAUAACUUUCCAUGUCCUUCGUGCUACUUCUUGCUAUGAUGAUCUAUAUAAAAUCCUCCAUUUCCAUGCCCUUUUCAUAUGUUAAUACCUUACUUUUUCUUUUGCUAGACAUCUUACUUUUAUUUUAUGCAUGCUUUCUUUACAAAACUUUACUUUGUGGACCCAUUUUUUCCCUUCAAAGGUUACUAAAAACAGCCUAGUUUCAUUUCACUUUGAACUGUCAUACAAACAAAACAUCACAAGAGUGAAUUAAGUUUUCUAGAGGUUGAAUAUGGGAAAGUAUAGAUUCAAAUUUUCAGAUAUGAUGCCAAAUGCUUGGUUUUACAAGCUCAAAGACAUGGGUAAGAGUAGAUCAACAAUGGCAAAUUCGCGAGUUACCAAAACUAUCAAUCAAACCGCGACCAUUACCAGCACAACUACUACAAAAUCCCAACACCCAAAUAAGUCUUAUAUGUUCACUGAUCCUUUGUAUAGUUCACCAAGAAACUAUGCAAGAAUCUCGAAUGGUCUUUGUUCUUCGAGUCCUUGUAGGAAAACCCGAAGAACAACCAUAUACAAGCAGAAAUCUCAUAAUUCCGAUCAACCAAUUUAUUACUCACUUUCGUCAAGUGAACUCGAUUCCCCUGAGUUCUCAUCCAAGCCUUACGAGCAACAGGGGAAUCGCGUUGAGUUUGAGGCCGAGUUAUCAAUGUUUGAUGAGCUCGGUUCUUGGAGUUCAUCUUCGUGCAGGGUAAGUUCUUCAACUGCUGAUAUAAUCAUCGACUUGAACCAUCAUAACGACCAUAGAGAUUCUAUCAGUAGAAAGUUCCAGAAGCUGAACGAGUUUGAUGCAGCGUCAGAGCUUGAACUUCGACCAAUCCUAACAAAAGUUCCUGCAGAAUCAUGUCAUAACAAGACCGACUCCUAUGAAUCUACCAGUAAAAAUGCUCGAAAGUUGAAAAAAUCGAGGAAGUCGAGUAGUCUAUCGGAUAGCUUUGCUAUUGUGAAGUCAUCAUUAGACCCUUGUAGAGAUUUCAAGGAUUCAAUGAUGGAAAUGAUCAUGGAAAAUAACAUAAAAGGGUUUAAAGAUUUGGAAGAGCUCUUAGCAUGUUAUCUUUCAUUGAACUGCAAAGAGUAUCAUCCUGUUAUUGUUGAUGCUUUUGAGCAAAUUUGGCUUGAUAUAUUUUGUUCAACGUGUUAAGGCGUAUAUUGAUAUAUUGCUUGAAAUUUGAGCUAAGAAUAUAUUCUCGUGUACAUACUGCUAAAAUUUUAAGGUUGUAAUUCUUCUGUUAAUAGUUAAUUGUAAUGUAUUGCAAGUACAUCGUCUAAAAUGUUUUUUACUCUUUUCUAUUGUAAUGAAAAGAUCUUUUAUGUGAC